CGCUUCCGCUCAGGAAGGCGAGGUCACUACUGCGAUUGCUUCCAGUGAGUUUUGUCUUCCCAGAGCCCUGCCUUUCACCAGAAGGACGAGGAAAAAAAAUGACCAAGUUCCAGGAGGCAGUGACGUUCAAGGACGUGGCCGUGACCUUCACGGAGGAGGAGCUGGGGCUGCUGGACCCCGCCCAGAGGAAGCUGCACCGAGAUGUGAUGCUGGAGAACUUCCGGAACGUGGUCUCUGUAGGGCACCAGUCCUCCAAACCAGAGAUGAUAUCCCAGCUGGAGAGAGAGGAAAAGCUUUGGAUGACAGAGAUCCAGACUCAGGGAGGAGUCAGGAAUCACAGUGAGAUGGAACCUCUUCAUGAAACAGGAGUAAGGUGCCUCUCUCUAGGAGAGCUUUCAUGCUGGCAAAUCAAGAGACAUGUCAUGAACAAAUUAACCCAAAGUCAAGACUCCGGGCUAAAUAUCCGAGGAGAGAGUUCUGAGUCCCCCAAACCAUGUAACCCUUCUGCGGGAGUCUCCCUUCAGGCUCAUGUGGAAGACAGCUGUGUCAUCAGUCUUAUAGAGGAUCAUUCCAAUGUUACUGAAAAUCAAGGCUUUCCAUCUGGGAGAGUUCAGAAUUCCUGGAAUAAACUCUACCUGAACGAGGCACAGAAUUAUCAGCGGCGCUGUCAGCAGACUCUGAUGAAACACAAAUUAUUUAUGUUUGCUCCGUCCAGUGACAUUGACAUUUUCAGUUGUAUUUCCCACCACCACGAGGAUGAUACAGUGCACAAAAGAGAGCAAGGUCACGGCAACAGAGAGCGUGGUGAAGACAUCUUGAAGGCAUCACCUCUUGCCCGGCUCAGUGUGACUCAGACCACACAGAAAACCUCCCAGUGUGAUAAUAAACAUGAAAACGAAUUCAGUGACGGCUUCCAUCUUGAACUCCAUCAGCAGGUCCACUCAGGCAAGGAGUCCCCUACAUGUGGAACCCGUGAGAAGGACGCCAGGUAUGGCUCCGCUGUUCCCAUUCAACCAGGGACAAAACGGUACUGGUGUCACGAGUGUGGGAAGGGUUUCAGCCAGAGCUCCAACCUGCAGACUCAUCAGCGGGUACACACGGGGGAGAAGCCUUACUCGUGCCACGAGUGCGGGAAGAGCUUCAACCAGACGUCACACCUGUACGCCCACCUGCCUGUCCACACAGGGGAGAAGCCCUACAGGUGUGAGAGCUGUGGGAAGGGCUUCAGUCGAAGCACUGAUCUGAACAUUCACUGCAGAGUCCACACCGGGGAGAAGCCGUACAAAUGCGAGGUCUGCGGGAAGGGCUUCACCCAGAGAUCCCACCUGCAGGCCCAUGAGAGAAUCCACACGGGAGAGAAGCCAUACAGGUGUGCAGACUGCGGCAAACGCUUCAGCUGCAGCUCCAAUCUCCACACCCACCAGAGAGUCCACACGGAAGAGAAGCCGUACAGAUGCGAGGAGUGUGGCAAGUGUUUCAGUCUGAGCUUUAAUCUUCACAGCCAUCAACGUGUCCACACGGGGGAGAAGCCCUAUAAAUGUGAGGAGUGUGGGAAGGGCUUUAGUUCAGCCUCAAGUUUCCAGAGCCAUCAGAGGGUUCACACGGGAGAGAAGCCAUUUCGAUGCAACGUGUGUGGGAAAGGCUUCAGUCAGAGUUCCUAUUUCCAAGCCCACCAGAGGGUCCACACUGGGGAGAAACCAUACAAGUGUGAGGUGUGUGGGAAGCGCUUCAACUGGAGCUUGAAUCUUCACAACCACCACAGGGUCCACACGGGGGAGAAGCCCUACAAAUGUGAGGAGUGUGGGAAGGGCUUCAGCCAGGCCUCCAACCUUCAAGCCCAUCAGAGCGUCCACACCGGGGAGAAACCGUUCAAAUGUGAGGCAUGUCAGAAGCGGUUCAGUCAGGCCUCCCAUCUUCAAGCCCAUCAGAGGGUCCACACCGGAGAGAAACCAUAUAAGUGUGCUACAUGCGGUAAGGCCUUCAGCCAGAGGUCAAAUCUUCAAGUCCAUCAGAUCCUUCACACAGGAGAGAAACCAUUCAAAUGUGAGGAGUGCGGGAAGGAAUUUAGCUGGAGCGCAGGGCUCAGUGCUCACCAGAGGGUCCACACUGGAGAGAAACCCUAUACAUGUCAGCAGUGCGGCAAGGGCUUCAGCCAGGCCUCGCAUUUCCACACGCAUCAGAGGGUCCACACUGGAGAGAGACCGUACAUCUGUGGUAUAUGUUGUAAGGGCUUCAGCCAGAGAUCACAUCUUGUAUACCAUCAGAGGGUCCACACUGGAGGCAAUCUAUAGAAAUGUGAGGCAGGGAAGAGCCUUCAGUGAGAGUUCCCUUCUGCAUCUCCACUGGGACAUCGACGCUGGUAAUUGUGGGAAAUUCCUUCAGAACUCAGACACUUAAGGGAAUCUUCAUGGGAAAUAAAUUCUAUUAUGAAACAAACA